AUCGAUAGUCCCUACUCAGGAGAACUCAGUCGCAGGACUACUCCUCGCAGUUUCAACAUCGUCACCGUCAUCAUUCAAUCGAAAUAGUGUUACGUGCAUUUUAUAUUUUUGUAAUUGUGUGUGACGUCUCCAGAAUGAAAAGACCAAGUACGAGUGUCCUACCUACGGAGAUUAUUAUUCACAUAUUUAAAUACGUUCCCAUACUAUGGAAGAUUAAACUGGAAAGAGUUUGCAGGCAAUGGCAGGAGGCGAGCAAAGCUUCCUGGAGCGGUAUUAGGCGAUUAAUUGUCGUUUCUCCCCGUCGGCGCAGAAACUCCCUUGGCAUAUAUGUCCAAAAUGAUGAAAUAUAUGUCUCAAGAUAUGACCAAAUAAUGAUGGAUGCCAUUCUAUCUCGUAUUGGGCACAACAUCACCCAUCUAUCAUUUGAGUUGUUUUCUGUCGAUCUGGAUAAACAUUUCUUCCUACUCAUCGCGAAACAUUGCACCAAUGUGGAGAACUUCAGCAGCAGCGGAUGGCAGAAAUCAGCAGAGCUGAAGCACUUACUUUCUUGCAAUACAAAAUUAAGAUCCAUUUACUUGGAUGGAGCAGAGGUGAGUUUAAGCGCAUUGCAAGGCCGGAACUGGAAAUGUUUGCACUUACUAGGUGGCAUGCCGAUUUGGGAAAAGGCUUCGAAGGAACGAGUAGUGGAACUCAUAAAUGGCAGUUCCGAUUUGGAAGAUUUGAGACUUGACACAUGGUCGGAAGAAAUUCGUGAUGCCGUCGUAAAGAAGUCGAAAUUGAAGUCCCUGGGUUAUUGCGAAGAAUUGUUUCGCUAUGGUCGACGUCCGGAGUUAAUUAAUUUCCAGGGAAUGCGAUUAUUGACGAGUUUGGCCCUAUGUGAUCUCGGGAUAAAGGUGGAUUGUGCAGAACGUUUCCUCAGGAUGCUCAUCCAAAUAUCCCUGUAUUGUCCAAACUUCCAGGAAUUAUCAAUACGAGAGACGGCGGUAUUAAAUUCGGCGUAUGAAACGAUGUUGGCUUUACUAAAACUUCAUACCCUGGCCUUAGAAAAUAUCAAGUCCUUUGAUAAUGCCAUGCUCGUGCGGCUAUCAAAGCUUCGCCGGUUAGCAGUGAAGAACGUUGGUUAUAGCGUUGAAGGAUUGCUGUCGUUUUUGGCCGAAGCCACCGAUUUGGAGUAUUUGGACAUUAGCUGGAGUAGCCUAUAUAUUGCAGAACUGGAGCAGAUCAUUAAUGUUACAUUCCAUCGAAAGAACAAACUGAAGAUCAUCGUUCACCAACGUGAUAUGAAUAAAAUUGUAUCCAUGUCUCCAGGAAAACAUGUGACGUUCGCCCAGUGGCAUUAUAAGCAACAUACGCAUUUCCUGCUCCGUCCAUGAAUAAUUAAUAUGAAUAUAAAUAUGUAAAAUCUAUGGAAUGGCGAAUAAAAACGAAUUUUGUUGA